ACCGGAAGUGGUUUGUUGAGUAGUAACCCAUCAUGGCGCAGGGCCAUGAGUGGAUCCUACAAUCUGCCAGCUUUUUUUGGAUUUUUACCUUGCUGUUGAGUGAAUCUCAAAGUAAAAGGACACAGACAUAUUACAUGGAUGGUGCGGACUGUGGGGACCGGAAGCAUUUAGGAGGUGCUACUGUAUAUUCACACACAAUAGUAGGGGACAAAAAUAGUUACGGCAUUAAUCUGGAGUGCCGUAUGACUUUUAUAGCUGAAAAUGAUGACUGGAAGUUAAUGCUCCGGAUCAUUGAAUUGGAUAUACCAGACAGGACGGAAAAUGGGAUUUGCAAUGAUGCUCUGUAUAUAUACGAUGAUAGUGACAUCUACACAAGGGCAAUGGAGGAGGCAGGAGGCAACGCGGGGUUGUGUGGGAAUAUUCUACCUGGAACAAUAUACUCAUCAGGCCAGUUUUUAACCGUCCAUUUCAGGACGGAUGAUGCGGGCCCUUCUGGGAAAGGCUUUAAGUUCAUAAUAACAGCGUUUAGUAAAGACUUUGAAAAGUAUAAGGAGUGUGGGUCCAGCUUCCAGUGUGAAAACACGUGGUGUAUAGAUGAGGACCUGGUUUGUGACGAAGUAGACCACUGUGGUGACUACUCCGAUGAAGCUGCCGACGGCCGUGCCAAGUGUCAACAGGAAGAAACUGGUUUGAUCAGCCGCUUCCUGUCGCUGGGUGUCACGGCAUCCAUUGCCAUCACUGUAGGGAGCGUCGUUAUCGUCGUCGCCUGCAUCGUUGCGCUGGUGUGCUGCUGCCGUAAGUCAUUCUGUAAGAAGCCCCAGGAUUCGUCUGGUGUGACAACUACAGCUACAACGGUCGUGGCCAAUGGGGCACCCCCAGCCAAUUACCAAGGUAUAGCCACUGACGGUCCUCGAGGUGGAGGACCAUUCAGUAACCAUGGUUACACACAUCAAGGGUACUACCCGAUGCAGCCUGUCUUCCCAACACCACACGGCUCGGUGUACUCAGCGUAUGCGAAAGAUCCGUUCCCGCCUCAAGGAAGUCAGUAUUCCUCUCAGCAGUCCCAGCACCGGUCGUACACGCCCACCAGCAGCAAGUCCGGCAAGUCAAAUAGGUCGAAUAACAGUACCAGUGUCACAUAUAGCCAAGGGACAGAAAAAGUUUCACUUCCUGUCAAUCUUUAGUAAAUCCUGUCGUUUCACUUCUGGACAAUUUCCUGGGACUAUUGUGAUUACUUCAGACCGUUGUGAUUUGUUGAAUCAGUUGUGAAAAUGUUGAAGCAGACUUGAAUCUGAUGCAUAAACAAUCAGCCAUAAGUGGACUGGUUUGGAUGAAAUGCAUCGGAGAACCCUCCUGGUUCGGGUGGCAAGGGCUUACAAUGUGUUUCCAACACUGAACUAAUGGCCACUGCAGAGAUAACAGGCAGACAGUUAAUUCCUUUGUGUAGCGAUUCGGGAUGGUCUUUGUGGAUUCAGAACAUGGAUGCUGGAUGUACUGAUUCCAAACUGGGUCAGCUGGCAUAGAACACCGUUGCUGAACCUGUGGACACAAGUGCUGAGCUCACUGAUUCAGUACAUCCACACAGAUUCUGUGGAAUCAGACCAUCAGCACUGAUCCUGAGAAAACAGAACAUUGGAGCCAAGGUAAUGGAUUGAGAAUACUGAUGCUGACUUUGUGGAUAUAGAACAUCCUUACUGAGCCUGUGGAAUGCUACAUGGGGGCCAGGCCAAGAGUACUACAGAACACUCGAGCUGAGGCUCUAGAUUCAGCUGAGGCUCUGGAUUCAGAACACUGGAGCUGAGGAUCUGGAUUCAGAACACUGUAACUGGUGAAUAAUGUUUUCAAAGAGGUGUGUGUCUGAAGCCACAGCACAGCUAGAGGAGACACAUCACACCAUGAUUCUGUCCAAUACUGGCUCAGUGCUAAGUCUGUCUGAUGCUAGUCACAAGAAUGACAAUUUGUACAAGGCUACAGAUUUGGAGAUCUUGGGUUGUUUUUUUUAUAGAUUCCUCUGCAGUGACAGGAGACGGUGAUCUGGACAAACAGAAAUAUCCUGUUUCAAUCUCCAUGGAAACAAACUACUCAUUAUCAUGAUAAUUAUUUUCCUCUUUGAGCAUCAGGAUGUCAAGUGUUGACUUGUAUAAUUGACAGCUUCCAUCAGGCACAUCAGAUCAAGCCAACACCCCUCAGACUGAAGUGACCCUGUAGUAUAUUUUGAUGAAGAUUAAACUAGUUUCUGCAACUGGAAGAGACCAUACUGGAAAUAUCAGGGGUGAAGGGCUAGGACAUCAAAGUGCCUGAAAGAUGUCUGUCUCUGCAGUCAUGAAUGGUUCCAAAUAUCUAUCUAUGAUAAAUAUUACUGACUGAAGAGAAAGAUCUUGCCACAAUUUUGAUAUUAAUGGCUUAAUUGGGUUGUCCCUAGCAGUUUGUGUAUGUGUAGCUGUGUUGGUGUGCUUGCUCUGCAAAUCAUGUGAAGAUGGUUAUGAACAUGGAACUAUUUGUCUGAAGCAAUGUGUGGCUCGGUAACAAAGCUGUGGCCCCUCAUCUAUUUAUCGUUCAUGGAUCAUUAAGAUUGGAAGUCAUUCAUAUACCCAUCACGACGUUCCUCCAUGGGCCAAUCAUUGUAAUGACUGAUCCUCUCACUGCCUUCCUACCUCCUGUCUGUCUGUCUAUAGCUGAAGUCAUUCAUCUAGGACCAUCCUCACAAGUCCAGGACAUUUUAAGCACAUUAGAGGUUGAUGUGUUUUGACACUGAAUCUGUUGUCAGUCUCCAAAGAAAUGUGUAUUGCCAAGAAUCGUGAGUUUUCUCAAGGAGCAAUGGUCCAGAGGAUCAUUCAUCGUUUACACGGAACUGAAACAGAUUGUCUCCCUCUGUAUUUUGUUCUACACUUGUUACAUGUUAUGAAGACACUUUUUGGAUGUUUAGCAUUUAAGUAUACACUUGAUAGAAAAUAUCAUUUGAUUGUUUAGAUGUGAAAGGUCAAUUUGUUUGAACAGAUGUUAUGUGAAUUUGGUUUUUAUCUCCUCACCCUGAUGUCAAAUUUGAAAUAUAAAUUAAAAGUCCAAAUAUUACAGGAUGAUUCUAUGAUGGGAAAUAUGACAUCAAUAUUAUUUUUUAAUUUGGUGGUCUGUCCAUGUUUUGUUUGAAAUUCACAAGAUUCUAAAAACAUCACCUUUUAAAUCACAGAUCUAUUUUCCAACAGCAAUGAGCUGAUAUUAUCACUGGGAAACAGUAAUUAUUCUGUUGUGUUUAAGAUUAUCUAAUUGUAUGUGAAAAGAAAAACUCUGUCAAAAGGAUAUCUCUUUAUGAAUAUGGUUAAAAAUGAUAUUACAUAUUACCUUUCCACAAAUGUGUGAGUGUGUGUAUGUGCCAUUGUUCACAGCAUCCAAGGCUUGUCAAAAUAGGUUUGUUUUUGUAUGUGCCCAGUUAUAAACCCAUGUAUGACUCUUAACAUACUCUCCAGGGUAAUUGCGACAAAUCAAUCAGUGUAGAUAUUGGCAGAAAUUGUUCUUUUGGAUGUAUCUAGUGCCCUGAAUGUUGGAAUAUUUUCAUCUCGGUAUUUUACAUGUUAAGUAAGUUUUUGUGUCAUUUUGUAGUUAUUUUUGUGUGUUUCCACAAAAAUUAGUUUCAUGGACCAUCAUUCAUUCUUCGUGGGGCAUGGGUAAAGCAGCCCCUUUAGACCUGGGGAUAUGAUGUUGUGCUCAAUUUCUGAGCCUCCAGGCCAUUUUAGAAUUUUGCAUCUGUUGAUUGAAAAUCUCUUGGAUCAUCGCAGCAGUAAUGAAACAAUCAACACUGGCAGAUGACAGUCUGUUGUCAGAAUUCCGUAUUUUGCAUGUUUAUAACUUCCUGCUGAAUCAAUUUCACGAUCACUAAGGGCACUAAAUACGUCUGAUAUGAUAUGUAGUUACUUGUUUGUCAAGCGUUGACAAGCAGUCAUUUCAUGUUUUUGUGAGUCAACAUUGUCUUGUUUUAUUCAGAUCUGGCCAUCAAUAAUUCAGUUGUAUUUGCAUUUCUGGUUAGGAAUGAUUGUCAUUUUUCCUUGUACAUUAAUUAUACAUACGUCCAGAGAGACUAGUCCUUCAGAUUGACUGUUCUAGAAAUGAUUGUGUCAAAUCUGAAACAAUUCUUGAUGUGACUUGUUUCUGACCUACAUAAGCCUUUUGAUGCGUUUUUUUGGUCCAGACACAGUGAAGUCCUUGUCCAUCAAUGAUGUGGCCACGAUGUGCAUAGUACGUUAAGAGUAGACUCUGUUGUUUCUUAUUACAGCAAUUCCAGGCAGAAUUUUCUUUUCUGUGUUGCCAGGUUUUUAAAAAUAACAUAAUAUUUGAUUGAAAAUAUUAGUUUAGGAUUUUUAUAUAAUUGU